AUGAUGCUUGGUACAGUUCGCCGAUUUGGCGUUUCCCACGCGCUGCGCGCUACUACGCCUCGCUCAAUCUCAGCGCGGUUCGCUACCCAGCUGCCGAAAUGGCAAUCUCCUUCUACUCUUUCAUCUGCUGUUGCAACCAGAUCGCUUCAUGCAUCUUUCCCGAGGAUGUCUGCGGCUACUGCGGAGGCAGUUGCUGAGGAGAUCGAGCCCUCCAAGCCUGCGAUUAUCACAGAGUUUGCCGACCUGGCGUCGGGGAAUCUCAUUCACAACUCGAUUAUUAAAAACAUCAUUCAAUCUGACCGGAUGAACCUCAAGACUAUGACCGAGGUGCAGUCUCUUACUCUCCACGAGAUUGUUAAGGGCGAUGAUAUCCUCGCCCAGGCCAAAACAGGAACCGGAAAGACACUUGCUUUCCUUGUCCCCACUCUGCAGAACAUUUUGAAUGACCCCAGUGUCGAUUUGUCCAGGGUUGGCCGCCGCUCGGGCAGAACUGGCCCUUCGGAAAUCCGUGCUCUUAUCAUCUCCCCUACCCGUGAACUUGCGGAACAGAUUGCAGUUGAGGCUAGAAAGGUUGCAUUUGGCACUGGUCUUAUUGUUCAGACCGCUGUUGGUGGCACCCAGAAGCGUGCUGGUCUUGCCAAGAUUCAACAGGAGGGCUGCCAUCUGCUUAUCGGCACCCCCGGUCGUCUCAAGGACAUCCUCUCGGACCCCUGGACUGGUGUCUCUGCCCCCAAGUUGAACACUCUGAUUCUCGAUGAGGCAGACCGUCUUUUGGACCAGGGUUUCGCUCCUGAUAUUGAAGAGAUCCAGACCAUGCUUCCCAACCCCACACAGGUGGACCGCCAGACACUCAUGUUCUCAGCCACCGUUCCCAGAGAAGUUAUGCAGAUGGUUCGCCAGACCCUGAAGCCUAACUUCAAGCACGUCAACACCGUUCGUGAGGAUGAAGUCCCCACCCACGUCAGAGUGCCCCAGAAGCUUGUCUACACACGCGGUCUUGAGAACAACUUGCCCGCCCUCCUCGAGCUCGCUCAGAACUGGCAAGCGCGCCGUGAUAACGGCGAGCAGCUGCGUCCUUUCAAGGCCAUCGCCUACUUCAACUCCACCGCUGAGACCAAGGUUUCCGCCGAUGCUUUCAACGCCAUUGCCCGCUCUCCCGAGUUCCGCAAGUCUGGUAUGAACAACAUGAGAAUGCUCGAGAUUAACUCCCGUCUCUCGCAGGCUCUCCGCACUCGCGCCGCAGAUAGCUUCCGCAGGGCUCGCGAGGGUAUCUUGUUCUCUUCCGACGUGACUGCUCGUGGUAUGGAUUUCCCCGAUGUCACCCACGUCAUUCAAGUUGGUGUUCCCCGUGACCGCGAGACCUACAUUCACCGUCUCGGCCGUACAGCUCGUGCCGGCAAGGAGGGUGAAGGCUGGCUGUUCAUGCACAGAGCCGAACAGGAUGUCUACCGCAAGCGUCUGGGUCGUCUCCCAUUGAAGGUGCACGAAGGCUUGGAAUCUGCCGAUGCAGAUCUUUCCCAGACCUUCUCUAACGACACACCUGUUGGCCAGAUCAUCAACAAGAUUAACGAGGGUCUCGCCCAGUGUGACGGUGCCACCAAGGUCAAGUCCUACAUGGGCCAGCUUGGUACAACCACUGGUAACUUCAACAGCAAGCGUGAGGCCAUCCAGGCACUCAACCAGAUGUUCACCAUUGGAUACAACAUGCACACCCUCCCUGAACUCAGCCCCAAGUUGAUGCAGCAAAUGGGUCUCAACAAGCUUGACGGUGUCAGCGCAGGUGACGGCUCCCGCCAACGUCGCGAGGGCGGAUUCUCCCGCGGUGGUGACCGUGGUGGCCGUGGUGGCUUCUCUCGCGGUGGUGACCGUGGUGGUUUCUCCCGUGGUGAUCGUGGUGAGCGUGGUUUCGCCCCUCGUGGUGGUGACCGCGGCUUCUCUCGCGGCGGUGAUCGUGGCGGUUUCUCCCGUGGCGGUGACCGUGGCGAGCGUGGUUUCUCCCGUGGUGACCGUGGUGACCGCGGCUCAUCGCGUCCUCGCCGCUCUUUCGACGAAGACUCUUUCCGUUUCUAA